AGGUGGCACUGACUGGCACUGAUGGGUGACACUGAAAGGCAGCUCAGAUGGGCACUUAUAUGUGGCAUUGAUGUGCACUGGUACUCACUGAUAUGUGGCAUUGAUGUCGCACUGAUGGGCACUGGCACGAGGCACUGAUGAGCACUGACAGAAGGCACUGAUGGACAUUGACAGGCUGGGGCUACACUGAUCAUUAGGGCACACUGAUCAUCAGUGCCCUGCGGCAUUUCCCUGAUUACAUGUGAUCAGCUGUGAUUGGACACAGCUGAUCACAUGACA